AUGUUGGUCAAGAAUUAUAUGUCAACACCGCUUCUGAUACUUGCUGCUCUAGCAAAGGUUGUGUUUGCGGAACCAGAUCAUUUCUGCAAGUCUUUUGGACACGGCUCAAACAACGACUUCUGUGUAUCGCUCGCAACGUACGAUGAUCCUACUUUCUCCAAGCAAGAUUUCAUCAUUACUUUCAACCGCACACAGCAUGCAGCUACUGGCUGGUCUUCGGUCGGAAUCGGUAAUCAGAUGAAUGGAUCCAUCAUAUUUCUUCUAUACGGAGAUCCAAACUCGAUUUCCCCACCAACUCUCAGCACCAACACUCGCGUUGGAAUCCAUAUUGGAUACGUUGAAGCCCAAUGGUCUGCAUCAUCUCACGAAGGCUCCAAAACUGCGACAGCAAGCUUCGUUUGUUACGGCUGCAACGCCUGGUUUUAUGCAGAUAGAUCCGCCAUAACACCCGUCUUGCCCUUUAUCUGGGCUGCCAACACUGAACAAGACCUCUCAGUCUCAGACUACGCAAGUGAUGCAAAUCUGAUAAUGCACAAUCACUACGGUAGUUUCGAUAUGGAUAUGACGAAGGAAAUGAGCAUCGUCCCCAAGCUACUUCCAGAUACCAUAUCAAACUUUCUCAGACCUUCUCCGCCUGCCGCCCCAAACAGCCCCAAUAAUGAUAAUCCAACAAUAUUCGUACCAGAUAAACAUCGAAUCUGGCUUCUUCAUGGUCUCUGCUUAGCUGCAGCUUUCUUCGUCCUCCUUCCACUGGGCACAAUAUUCAUUCGCACAGGCUCGCCACACGCAUUCUACUUGCAUCUCGGUCUCCAAAUCAUAGGAUCAAUUUCAGCCCUCGUGGGAAUGAUUGUUGGAUUUUUCUUGAGCACUAGUGUUCAUACUUGGCAUCAAUAUAUUGGGCUAGGACUCGGAUUGGCGAUGCUUGCUCAAUUGAGACUAGGUUUCCAGCGCCACCGAGUAUUUGUCUCCAAGAAAGUCAAUACUUGGAUGGGAAAUACUCACAUUUGGAUUGGAAGGUGUAUUCUUUUUGGUGGAUCUGUCAAUGUUGUCUUAGGUCUGACUCUGAGUGACUACACAAUCCACCUGAAAACGGGGUUCACAAUAGCGGGCGUUAUGAAUGCGCUUGUGCUUGGUUUCGUGAUCUAUAGGCACAAGAUCGGAAAACCUAUCGGGAAGAAUCUUAGAAUUCCAUGGCUCAGCAAAGUCAAUGGAAUUGGAUGGGCUGACGGUGCAAAUCUGCAGUCAUACUUUGCGUUGACGGACGAGGAUAACAAUGAGGGAGAAGAGGAGAGAAGAAACGAAGUUGAGAUGGAGAAGGGAAUCGAGAGAAGACAGUCCAUGAGUGAGUCUCUACGCACGGAAGCCCUGGAGGUUACCAACAUCGGUGCCACUCUGAACAUCACGAUCGCUUUGCUCCGAGCAGUGCGAAAUGUGGCCAGCACCUGUACUCCACGAGCCAUCGCUCAGAAGGAGUUAUUUCCUGUGCCGUUCCCUGAUUCAGCUAUGCAGACUCGACAGCAGCAUCGCCAUAUUUCAGACUCCUUGCUUGCAUAUCCACAAGCAGUCACGGAGGAGGUUCAGGACGAUAAUCCAGCUGCUUCCUCAAAAAUCACAGUCCAUGAUGCCAAUUACACACCCUACACCAGCCAUGAUCUAACCAUGCCGAUUACCCCUGAGAAGUUUGAUGAGGAGCCACACGCCUGGGAUGAAUCUUAUGAACUGAACUCUGAAGAGGAGAAAUAUUAA